UUUCUUAUCACUUAGUUGGAAGGUUUAAUUUUCGAAAUAACGUGUUUGUUUAUAUAUUACUUUUGGAAAAAUGAAUAUUUUAAGAAAGUGUUUCAGUAUAGAAAUACCCCAGGGUUUUAGACAGUUGAAUGCCGCAUAUUGCAAAAGUGUUGGCAAACCGAAAGAACUACUUUUUUUUGACAAAAGCGUGCAGAAAAUAUUGAAAGAUGUCACAGAUAAAGAUUACGCUAUUGUGUUCAGACGGAAAAAAGAGGGUAAAAGGUUAAAGGCACCACAGUUCAAGUUCAUGACUGACGAAGAGUACAAAGAGGAAUUACGUUUAGCUGAAAAGAAAAGUGAACGGAUGCUUCAGAUGCCGCCUGUAAUUCCACCAAGGAAGGAAAUCGAUUAUGUGUUUGUGAAGGAUGAUCAUCUCAAAGGUUAUUCAGAUAGCAAAUUUGUAUUUACUGAUAUUUCUUUUGGUAAAACAGACCAAAACAGGUGUAUUGUGGUGAGAGAUCCGGAUGGGACAUUGCGCAAGGCCAACUGGGAGGAGAGGGAUCGUAUGAACAAGAUGUAUUUCCCGAGGGAAGGGAGGUCGGUGAAAAAACCUGAAAUGUUUGAGACAAAUUAUUUAACACGACUCUUGGAACAAGAAGAGUACGAAUUUAUUCUAGACAAGGCGUGCAUUCAAUAUGAGCCUGAUGAUCCCGAUUUUAUCAAUAUUAGGAAUUUAACAUUCGAUGAUAUCAAUAAAAAAGGAAACUUUUUAAAAUUGAGAUCGACCAGACAUUUUGGACCAAUGGUUUUCUACCUAGCUUUAAAUAACAAUAUAAAUAACAUUUUAGAAACAUACAUCAACACUGAUAGGCUUGAUCAUGGAGUGAAAGUUAUCAAAUUACAUUGCUUACUCCACCCAGAGAAUAAUUUCAAAGUAAUGUUUGUAGAAGGGGAAGAAAUGAAUUAUAUAGAAGAAUUUGUUAAUAAAACGUACCCGGAUAGUCAGCUCCAGAAUGCGAUCAAAAAGUAUAAAGCUUUGGUCCACAGACAGAGUAGUUCAAAUGCUGCCUAAUUUUGGUAGUUUUGUUUAUAUAUUUGUAGUAUUUGUAUUGUUUUCUUAAUAUAACUAAAAUGUGUUAUAA